UCAUUGGCCUUUUGCAAAAGCUUCAUAAACUCCUUGCUGUCUAGGAUUUGGAAACUACCAGUUGCUUCAACUCAGUUUCCCUCCAAGAUGUUGAUUGCACCACCCCUGCAGCGAUAUGAGCUGCCAUAGUUUUCCCUCCCCAACUCAGUUGCACAACUUUUAGGAAAAUACCAGAGUGAAAUUAUCUGAACCUAUGACUGAACCUAAAUUACACGUGGCCACACCUUCCCAGACAACAUGUGGAGGCAGGAUUCAAUAGCAGCAGUUCUCAAGGUAACUGCAGGAAGAGGUUAUCCUCUAUAUAGGAACAUUGAAGGGGCAUGGAGUGGUUCUGGGCCCCAGAGCUAAAAAUGCUACAUCUGGCCAAACCUCCUAAUGUACAGUGAAAUGGCCAUUUGCUUCCAGUUCCCUCUCUUCUCCUUGAUACCACUUUUCAUCUCAGGUGCAUUACUACCAGCUCCUCAGAACAUCACAAUUCUCUCCACCAAUAUGAAGCACUUUCUGAGCUGGAGCCCAGUGGUGGUCCCUGGAGAAGCUGUAAAAUAUUCAGUUGAAUUUCAAGGGGAAUAUGAGAGGGAAUAUGCCAAUGACAGCUGGAUUCCCAUUGGAGAGUGUACAAGCAUUCACAUUACUCAGUGUGACAUCACAGAAGACAUUUCUGCCACAGUGCCAUACAAUCUGCGUAUUAGGGCUGCCCUUGGGACACAGGCCUCACGCUGGGCCACCCUCAAUGGCUUUUUCAGUCGUGUCACAACCUCCCUCUUUCCACCUAAGAUGACAGUUACAGCUGAUGGAUAUCAUUUGUUAGUGGAGCUAGAGUAUCUUGGACCUGCCUUUGAAUUCUGGAUAUUUUACUGGAAGAAAGGCCAACAACAUGAGAUGAACCGCAAAGUGGUGAGAGACAGCAGCACCGCUAUACAUCUGGAGACCAUGGAAGCUGAUACUGAGUACUGUGUGAAAGCUCAGACGUACGUUGAGGCCAUCAAUCGAAACAGCAAUUUCAGUGAGGUGCAGUGUGUGAAGGCUGGAGAUGGCAACAGAAUAUGGGUAACAUUUGCCCCACUCUUCUUGAUCAUAUUUAUUGCAUCUGCUUUGUUCCUUCCUUGGGUCACAUGGAAAAUCUUCCAGGUCUGCCAAUAUUCCUGCUGCCCAAACGAGGACAUGCCGGACACUUUGAAACUAACAGAAUCACCUGCUAGGAUGCUAAAUUACAAGGGAGAAGAGAUAGAGAAGUGUGACGAGUCUGUUCAAGUGCUGCACCCUGAAGAGUUUCUCCUCCUUUAUGAUUUAUGAGAACCUUUGACACAAACUGCAAAAUGAGACCUCAAACUCUGCCUUCAUCUUUCCCAAUCCAAUAUGGGCACAGGCAGCUUCCCCCCCCCCCCUUUUAAAUUGUGAAGGAACAGGUUGCACAAUAACUGGAAACCAAGGUGCUUUCUUCAAAGAGAAGAGUGCCACAUGGCUAGCAAGUCAUAGUUCCUGUGUUCAAGAUUUUACAAGGAAGGUUGAGGCUAAUCCACCCUCUCCUAGGAUCACAUAACCACAGAAUCAUAGAGUUGGAAGAGACCACAAGGGCCAUUCAGUCCAAACCCUUGCCAUGCAGGAACUCACGAUCAAAGCAGCCCAGAUAGAUGGCCAUCUAGCCUCUGUUUAAAGACCUCCAA